ACUGUACCUUGGUAGCGCUUGCAGCAGCGCUGCUAUGUGGUAGUCACUCUACCAGUUUGUAGCAGAAAAGCCAGUUGGAAGGAAAGUACAUGCCUAUUGGAUAGUGAGGAUGGAUGUAAUGUCAUGAUUUAAUUUGAUGUCCAUUGUCAUGUAUUGUGAUCAUCACUGAUCAGAGAGGCCACAGAUGCUGUCCGUUUUGCAUUCAUCACAGUACUUGACCUGUCUGGAUUUAUUGUGCUUAUAAAGUGAAUCUGAUUCCAGAGGUGUGAAAUACAGCAGGGGAACAAAUGACAGAUUUAUUUCAGAGGAAAAUUCACUCAAUAUUGCUUGAUUUUUUUCAGAUCAAGUUUACAAUUUAAUCCAUAUUUUCAAUGUAAUAGGUCACCCGGAUAUUCAGUAAACAUUAUAAAGGCAUCUGGUUAAUGCUGAAUGGACGAUCAUCAUCUACUGAUGUAUUGCUUCAAAGAGAGUUUGCAUUAAAGCAAUUUGAACAGAGUUGUGGACAUUCUAAACUAAUGCUACCUGGCUAGUUUCUAAAUUGAGGAUUUACUUUGAUUAAAUACAUGUACAUGUAGAUGUCUCCAAUCUUCUAUCAUUCUGUUGUAUUUAUUCUAUCAAAGUGUAAAUCCUGUUUGAAGGUAACAGAUCUUGUGGAUGAUAUUCAUAUAAAUUCAAUAAAUGACGUCAACAUUUGUAUGCUACUGCAUAUUGUGAGGAAGGAGUGUCAUACAGGAAAAUAGGAAUUAAAUUCAUUGGUUCUUGAAGCUUGAAGCCAUCUGUUUAGAGGAUCCAGUUGAUUAAGAUAUGAUGCUCUGCUGCACAGUCUGCCUCUAGCGUACCAAUAUCACCUCAGACACAAAUCUACGUCAGACUGUGCACGUGUUUGUGCAUUUUCUUCUUUUUGUGGCAAUUCAGCGCAAGUCGUUUCUGUUCAUAAGUAAUAUACAAUCAGGGGAAUAUUUCAUAAAACGAUCAAUGAAUAUUGUGAAUAUUGUUCUUUGAGCCAAUCAGAUGUAAGGAUGUCUGUACAUGUAGCUUAUAACAAUUAGAUUGAUGUGCCUUCUUUGAGAAAUUUAUUUUUGUAAAUGCAGGAAAUAUAUUUUAUAAUACAUUUGAGGAUUAAACACUUCAUAUGUGAAUGUGAAACACAAAGAAACAGUUAACAUUUUGGAAUCAAGAAGGAUUACAAUGGGAUCAUUACAGGAAACAAACAAGUGUCUACCUGGACAAAACAAUGCUCAAGAGAGUCAAGAUGUUAUUGAAAUGGAAGACCGCUCCUCAUUUCCUGGGAGUUCUGGUCCCCCUCUGACUCAGACUGACUGUGGGAUAGCACAAGAUCCCGAUAUACGUCUCAUUAAUAUCAAUCAAGUACAACCUAUUAAAUACUGCUCCAAUGAAGUAGACACUGGAAAGUAUACCUUCAUCACUUUCUUCCCAAAGUUUCUGUUUGAGCAAUUCCGUCGCUAUGCCAAUGUCUUCUUCCUCUUCAUUGCUUUACUACAGCAAAUCCCGAGUGUAUCCCCUACUGGCCAUUAUACUACCCUCCUCCCACUUAUCUUCAUUCUAUUAGUAUCAGCAGUCAAGGAGAUCGUUGAAGAUAUCAAAAGACACAGAGCAGAUGACGAAGUAAACAAUAGGAAAGUUUUAGUUCUGAGGGAUCAUAUGUGGAUUCCAUUGAGAUGGAGAGAGUUGGGUGUAGGUGAUGUGGUACAGGUAAAGAGAGGAGAAUUCUUCCCAGCUGAUCUUGUUCUUUUAGCAUCAAGUGCCCCACAAGCUUUGUGUUACAUCGAGACGGCUCAGCUAGAUGGAGAGACAAACCUGAAAAUCAGACAAGGUUUAUCUCAGACGGCUAAUCUCUGCUCAGAAGCUGAUCUUAUGACUGUAGAUGGAACUGUUGAGUGUGAACUACCAAACAGACAUCUAUAUGAGUUUGUUGGAAACAUCAAACUAAAGCGCAAUCAGACAAUGGCUGUACCCCUGAGUACGGAUCAGAUUCUUCUAAGAGGAGCUACUCUAAGAAACACAAAAUGGAUUCAUGGUAUCGUCAUCUAUACAGGACAUGAGAGCAAGCUAUUACUGAAUUCUAAGACUGCUCCAUUGAAGAGAUCAACCGUAGAUAGAACAACCAACAUCCAGAUCUUGUUCUUGUUCCUGAUCUUAAUGGUCCUGGCCCUAAUCAGUGCCAUAGCAGCGGAGAUCUGGAACAAGAAACAUUUUCACAAGGAUUGGUAUUUGGGAUUUGAAGAUAAAACUCCUAAUUCUUUCUUCUUCAACUUCUUGACGUUCAUCAUUCUAUAUAACAACCUCAUCCCAAUCAGUCUUCCUGUUACAUUGGAACUAGUCAAGUUUGGUCAGGCUCUAUUCAUCAACUUUGACCUUGAUAUGUACCAUGCAGAGACAGACACACCAGCAGCAGCUAGGACAUCUAAUCUCAAUGAUGAACUAGGUCAGGUCAAAUAUGUCUUCUCAGACAAGACAGGAACUCUCACACAGAACAUCAUGGAAUUCAAGAUAUGUACCAUUGCUGGUAUCGUCUAUGGUGAUAAUCCUGAUGUUGACAUAUUCAGAGAUAGCAAGAUGGCAGACAAUCUGGAAACACAUUCCACAGCCCCACAUAUACGAAUGUUUGUUACCAUGAUGGCUGUCUGCCAUACAGUGGUUCCAGAGAAAGAUUUGAAUGAUCAAAUCAUCUAUCAAGCAUCAUCACCGGAUGAGGGAGCCCUUGUAGAAGCAGCAGCUAAACUUGGAUUCAGAUUCAUAGAGAGAACCCCAGACAGUGUAGAGAUAGUAGUGAUGGGAAAGCAGGAAAAAUAUGAAAUUCUGAAUGUUCUUGAUUUUACAAGUGAUCGUAAAAGGAUGUCUGUGAUAGUUAGAACCAGUAACGGAACUAUUCUACUAUUUUGCAAAGGAGCGGACAAUGUGAUAUAUGACAGACUAGCAUCAGACCAAGAAUUCACAUCAGAUACUGUCAGACAUCUUGAAGAAUUUGCUUCAGAAGGUCUCAGGACUUUAUGCUUUGCAUUCAGGGAGAUUUCAAAAGAAGAAUACGAGGAAUGGAGUGCUACCUACUACAAGGCUAGUACAGCGAUUCAGAACAGAGAUGAGAAGUUAGCUGAGGCAGCUGAGCUUAUUGAAAUGAACUUUACUCUGAUUGGUGCAUCAGCUAUUGAAGACAAACUACAAGAUGGAGUUCCUGAGACGAUAGAUACCCUACUGAAGGCUGAUGUCAAGAUAUGGGUUUUGACUGGAGACAAGCAGGAGACCGCUAUCAAUGUUGGAUAUUCCUGUAAGCUUCUGAACCCAGCGAUGCCAUUGUUGAUUAUAAAUGAGACUAGUCAUGAUGAGAUUAGAGAGACAUUACAAAGACAUAUCACAGCAUUUGGUGAUCAGAUCGGCAAGGAAAAUGAUGUAGCACUCAUUAUCAAUGGAGAGGCUCUGAAGUUUGCUUUAUCUUUUGAUCUACGCAAAGACUUCUUGGAACUGGCUAUGUCAUGCAAGUCGGUCAUUUGCUGCAGAGUGACCCCUCUUCAGAAGGCAGAGCUUGUUGACCUUGUAAAGCAGAAUGUCAAAGCCGUAACCCUUGCCAUAGGAGAUGGUGCUAAUGAUGUAGGAAUGAUACAAGCUGCUGAUGUUGGUAUUGGUAUCAGCGGUCGUGAAGGACUUCAAGCAGCUAAUUCAUCUGAUUACUCCAUUGCUCAGUUUAGGUUCCUUCAUAAACUCAUGUUAGUCCAUGGAGUCUGGAGUUAUAAUCGUAUCUCAAAGGUCAUCUUAUAUUCAUUCUACAAGAAUAUCUGUCUCUAUAUCAUGGAGUUCUGGUUUGCAAUAGUGAAUGGUUGGUCAGGGCAAAUCCUCUUCAAUAGAUGGGCAAUUGGUAUCUACAACCUGGUAUUCACAGCUUUGCCACCCUUCGCCAUUGGUUUGUUUGAUCGUAAUAUCAGUGUAGAGAGUAUGAAGAGAUUCCCUCAGCUUUACAAAUCAUCUCAGAAUGCAGAGUACUUCAAUUCUAAAGUAUUUUGGAUGUGGACUCUUAAUUCUGUAUUUCAUUCUAUUCUCAUCUACUGGUUUGUGGUAGCCUCAAUGCAACAAGAUGUUGCCUGGGGUAAUGGCAAGGCAGGAGAUUAUCUUGUUGCUGGCAACAUGGCAUAUACGUGUGUUCUGGUUGUUGUAACUCUAAAGGCUGGUCUAGAGAUGGAUACUUGGACAUGGCCUGUUCAUGUCUCAUUAUGGUUUGGUUUGAUAGCUUGGGUAGUAUUCUUUGGUGUCUACUCAGUUCUCUUUCCUCUCAUCUCAUUUGCAUCUGAUAUGUUCAAUGAGGCUCAAAUGGUAUUCUCCAGUACUAUCUUCUGGAUGUUAUUACUUCUUAUUCCUGUAGCAGCUCUCAUACGAGAUGUAGCUUGGAAAGCUUUUAGGCGAACAAUGUACAAGACUCUUGCAGAAGAAGUUCAAGAAGCAGAGGUUCAGCAUAUUGAUCCUACAGCCAUCAUACAGAAAUCUGUAAAGAAGAGUGUUGAAUACAUUGGCAAUCGAGCUUUGAGAGCUAGGAAUGGUUUUAGUGAAACUUCUCGGCUUCUAACAAGAUUGUUCAAACGAUCGCCCAGUAGCACCAGACAUCUAGCAGAGGAGGAAGGUACACCAAGACAUGGAUUUGCAUUUUCACAAGAGGAACAUGGUGUCAUUACUCAGGCUGAAGUGAUCCGAGCAUAUGACACAACCAAGAGACCGACAGGUGCUGUGGUUAUCCAUGAAGAACCAAACAAGUGAUAUACAUGCUUGUUUAAUGGUAAUCAGAGGCUGAUUGAUAUCACUUUCUUUCAACCACUAUGUAUAUUCCAUUUGUUAUCAUUGGAUCCGUUGAUAGACAGAAGGAUGCUAACUAUUUUCGGUAAUAUCGUUUGUGCUCUAAUCUGGCAUGCUGGAAGACAGGGAUCUAUUAUAAACCUCUAGAUUUUGAUUAAUGAUAUUCUAUCUAACUCGGGAAGUUGAAUAAGGAAUAUAACUUUGGCACCUCAAGUAGACCAAGACUAGGACUUGGACCAGGGUCAUUCAAGUACUGCAAUGGAUAUGGCCUAGCUAUUGAAGUAUCCCCAUCAUAAACAUAGUCCACCUCUGUACAUAAUGAUCAUGAUUCAUACUUAGUAAAGGAUUAGGAGUAUAUUUUUUUUACAAUCCAAGUCAUAUGCAUGAGGUUUUCUUCUCAGAAUCCUCCAACUCUCUCUCUCUGCCCCCUCCCUUACAGUUCUCUCUUCCUCUCUCCUCUCUUUCUCUUUCUGUCUACCAAUAAAACAGGGUUAAAUCUCAAGUACUAUGAACCAUCCCCCCCCCCAUCUCGGCUUUCAUGCAUAAACAGGGUUAAACGUGUUCCCCCAACCCCAGUGUAAUGAUUGCUUGCCGUUCUUUGUCUGUAUACCCCAUGAUUUGAGGGAAUUCUUCAAGUCCAGUUGUUGAAGAUACAAUGCUGUUCGUUCAUUGGUUCUGUCUCGUAUUGAUUAUUGCAAUGGGCUCCUUUCUACAAUUCCCUCUAAUCAAUUAGUCCGUGUUCAACGACUACAAAAUUGGGCAGCACGAUUAAUUCUACAGGUUUCCCGGGAUCAUCCUUCCCAACCACUCUUUAAUUCUCUUCACUGGCUUCCUUUUAAACAGAGAAUUACAUUCAAAUUACUCGUGAUUGUCUACAAAACACUGAAUAAACAGGCUCCACAGUAUUUAAGUAACUGCUUGAAUCUGUAUAGACCAACUAGAGCUCUUAGAUCGGCCAGUGAUCACCUUCGCCUCACAUAUUCAUUAACUCGUACAUUAGCUGGUGACAGAACUUUUACGGUGUCGGCUUCAAAAUCCUGGAACAACCU